AACUUGUGCAUCCGCAUGGUCUCCAGCCCGUGGUUUGAGCGUGUCAGUAUGAUGGUCAUCUUGUUAAACUGUGUGACGUUGGGGAUGUACCAGCCCUGUGAGAACAUCGACUGCUCCUCUGAACGCUGUCAGAUCCUGCAGGCCUUCGAUGCGUUCAUCUACAUCUUCUUUGCGCUGGAGAUGGUGGUGAAGAUGUUGGCUCUCGGGAUCUUCGGUAGACGUUGUUAUCUGGGGGACACCUGGAACAGACUGGACUUCUUCAUCGUGAUGGCAGGGGUGGUGGAGUAUUCUCUGGACUUGCAGAACAUCAAUCUGACGGCCAUCAGGACGGUUCGAGUUCUGCGUCCACUGAAGGCCAUCAACAGAGUUCCCAGCAUGCGUAUCCUGGUGAAUCUGUUGUUGGACACUCUGCCGAUGUUGGGGAACGUUCUGCUGCUGUGUUUCUUCGUCUUCUUCAUCUUCGGCAUCAUUGGCGUGCAGCUGUGGGCGGGGCUAUUGCGUAACCGCUGCUACCCAGAGGAGAACUUCACCCUCUCAACGGGUGUGGCACUUCCUGCGGCGUACUACUCUCUGGAUGAGGAAGACGAGAGGCCCUUCAUCUGCUCUCUGGCGCAGGAUAACGGGAUUAUGUCCUGCAGUGACGUGCCGGCGCGGCGUGUGGCGGGACACCAGUGCUGUCUGGAUAUAGAUGAUCUACUACAUCACCAGGCUUUGGGCCUGCCGACCGAAUCCUUUCUGAACGCCAGUGCCAUUGUACCCGGAGUCUGUGUCAAUUGGAACCGAUACUAUACCCACUGUCGCACGGGGCACAAAAACCCACAUAAAGGAGCCAUCAACUUUGACAACAUCGGAUAUGCCUGGAUUGUUAUAUUUCAGGUCAUUACUCUGGAGGGCUGGGUGGAGAUCAUGUAUUACGUCAUGGAUGCUCAUUCCUUUUACAACUUCAUCUAUUUUAUUCUGCUUAUAAUAGUCGGGUCGUUCUUCAUGAUAAACCUGUGUUUAGUCGUCAUAGCAACUCAGUUUUCGGAGACCAAACAGCGCGAGCAUCAGUUGAUGCAGGAGCAGUGGGCCGCCCGUCAGUCCUCCAGCACGUUGGCGUCACUGGCCGAACCCGGCGACUGCUAUGAGGAAAUCUUCCAGCUCAUCUGCCAUGUCCUGCGUAAGGCGCGCCGACGCACUGCUGCAUUCUUCCGAAAUCUCUACUGUAAACCACAGGAGCAAACACCAGAGAAAACUAAUGUUAACGGAGGAGACAAGAGCCUCCAACAACAUGGUGAGAGAGGGACUAAUGGACAAAUAAUUGGACAGAUGGAAGACUCUGAGCUCUGCUCUCAAUACUCUGCAGAUGAAGCCACACCCACCACUUCAGCAGCCAAUCAAGAGACAGAGGAGGGAGCAGCAGAAGAGACAGACAAGCAUCAGAGGGCGGAGGGGCCAUGUCAGUGGCGGGGCCGAGAGCUAUGGAUGGAGAUGAGGGUCAAACUGUGGGGAAUCGUGGAGAGUAAAUACUUCAACAGAGGAAUCAUGGUGGCCAUCCUCAUCAAUACAAUCAGCAUGGGCAUUGAACACCACGAACAGCCAGAGGAACUGACUAAUGUUCUGGAGAUCUGUAACAUCGUCUUCACCAGCAUGUUUGCCCUGGAGAUGAUCCUCAAACUCACGGCGUUCGGCUGCUUUAAUUACCUGCGCAAUCCGUACAACAUCUUUGAUGGAAUCAUCGUUAUCAUCAGUGUGUGUGAGAUUGUGGGUCAGUCUGAUGGCGGUCUCUCGGUGCUCAGAACGUUCCGGUUGUUGCGUGUUUUGAAGCUGGUUCGUUUCAUGCCGGCUCUGCGCAGACAGCUGGUGGUUCUGAUGAAGACUAUGGACAAUGUGGCAACCUUCUGCAUGCUGCUGAUGCUCUUCAUCUUCAUCUUCAGUAUUCUGGGGAUGCAUAUCUUUGGCUGUAAGUUCAGUCUCAAGACAGACGCUGGAGACACCGUUCCAGACAGGAAGAACUUUGACUCUCUGCUUUGGGCCAUUGUCACUGUGUUUCAGAUCCUGACUCAGGAGGACUGGAAUGUGGUUCUGUAUAAUGGCAUGGCCUCCACGUCUCCUCUGGCUGCUCUGUAUUUUGUGGCUCUGAUGACGUUUGGAAACUACGUCCUGUUUAAUCUGCUGGUGGCCAUUCUGGUGGAGGGGUUCCAGGCGGAGGGUGAUGCCAAUCGUUCAUACACUGAUGACGACAGAUCGUCCUCUAAUGACAUUGAACAGCACAAAGACUCGCUCACAUUCUCUGAUCCUAAACUCCCGUCUCUCACUCCGAACGGUCAUCUGGAUCUGGAGCCGCUGGCGGAGGGAAAGACCAGGACGAGCUUCUCUGAGGAGUAUCACAGGAGCGGAGCCGUCAGUCUGUGCAGGAGAUCUUCCUCUCUGCGCCACAGUUCUCAUUACCACCACUGGGGGCGUCCUCCCCCUCAGUCGUCCUGGAGCCGACGGUGCAGUUGGAACAGCGUGGGUUGUUCUACACGAGGUCUUAGGACAGGAGGGGUCAUCGGAGGCAGUCUACGUGUGCGCAGCAUUCACUCGCACCCCGCGGAACACGAAUCUCUGCUGCCGCACCCUCCAUUCCUGUCUCGCCAUGACCGCCGGGCGCUCUCACUCGAGCUGCCUGAACUCUUGCAGCGACCCCCUCUGGUCAGGAAGAAGAGCGUGUCUGCGGAGCACCAGGACUGUAACGGGAAGGGCCCGGGCACUCAGGGGCCACUGAUGGGAGAGAUUUACCCUCAGCUCAAUGCUCACAAAGACAAGAAAGACCUGGAGGAGGAUACCGAAUAUAGUCUUUGUUUUCGUAUCCAGAAGAUGAUGGAGGUGUAUCGGCCGGACUGGUGUAACAAGAGAGACGAUUGGUCCAUUUAUUUGUUUUCUCCUCAGAACAAGUUUAGGUUGAUUUGUCAGACUAUCAUCGCUCAUAAACUCUUUGACUAUGUGGUUCUCGCUUUCAUAUUCCUCAACUGCAUCACUGUUGCCCUGGAGAGACCCAGAAUCCAUCAGGGCAGUCUGGAGCGAGUCUUCCUCACCAUCUCCAAUUACGUGUUCACGGCCAUCUUUGUGGCUGAGAUGACUGUGAAGGUUGUCUCUAUGGGUCUGUAUCUGGGCGAGCGAGCAUAUCUGCGCAGCAGCUGGAACAUUCUGGAUGGUUUUCUCGUCUUUGUGUCGUUGAUUGACAUUGUGGUGUCGAUGGCGGGUGGAGCAAAGAUUCUGGGCGUGCUGCGGGUGCUCCGACUGUUGAGGACAUUACGACCCCUCAGGGUCAUCAGUCGAGCUCCAGGUCUCAAGCUGGUGGUGGAGACUCUCAUCACGUCACUGAAGCCCAUCGGAAACAUCGUCCUCAUCUGCUGUGCUUUCUUCAUCAUCUUCGGCAUACUGGGAGUUCAGCUCUUCAAAGGGAAGUUUUAUUACUGUGUGGGUUUGGAUGUGAAAAACAUCACGAAUAAGUCUGACUGUCUCUCUGCAAAUUACCGCUGGGUCCAUCACAAGUAUAACUUCGACAACCUGGGACAGGCUCUGAUGUCUCUGUUUGUGUUGGCAUCUAAAGAUGGAUGGGUAAAUAUCAUGUACCACGGUCUGGAUGCUGCAGGGAUCGACCAGCAGCCAGUGACUAACAACAAUCCCUGGAUGCUGCUGUAUUUCAUAUCCUUCCUGCUGAUCGUCAGUUUCUUCGUGUUGAACAUGUUCGUUGGUGUGGUCGUGGAGAACUUCCACAAGUGCCGUCAACAUCAGGAGGUGGAGGAGGCCCGACGACAAGAGGAGAAACGACUCAAGCGCCUGGAGAAGAGGAGACGCAAAGCUCAGCGCUUGCCGUAUUAUGCGUCGUACGGUCGUGUUCGUCUGAUGAUUCACUCGUUCUGCACCAGUCAUUAUCUGGAUCUCUUCAUCACCCUCAUCAUCUGCAUUAAUGUGAUCACCAUGAGUCUGGAGCACUACAGCCAACCACAGUCGUUGGAGAUGGCGCUGAAAUACUGUAAUUACUUCUUCAGCUCCACGUUUGUUGUUGAAGCCACACUGAAACUCAUCGCAUUUGGAUUCAGACGCUUCUUUAAAGACAGGUGGAAUCAGUUGGAUCUGGCGAUCGUUCUGUUGUCUGUGAUGGGAAUCAUUCUAGAGGAGAUUGAAAUCAACGCGUCUCUGCCCAUCAACCCCACCAUCAUCAGGAUCAUGAGGGUGCUGCGCAUCGCCCGCGUUCUGAAGUUGUUGAAGAUGGCCACAGGAAUGAGAGCGCUGCUAGAUACUGUCGUACAGGCGUUACCUCAGGUGGGGAAUCUGGGUUUACUCUUCGUCUUGUUGUUCUUCAUCUACGCUGCGCUCGGAGUCGAGCUGUUUGGAGAACUGGUGUGUAAUGUGGAAUACCCGUGUGAAGGAAUGAGUCGUCACGCUACCUUUGAGAACUUCGGUAUGGCGUUUCUCACGCUAUUCCAGGUGUCUACAGGAGAUAACUGGAACGGCAUCAUGAAGGACACGUUGCGUGAAUGUCCGCCGGGCGACAGCUACUCGUGUAACUCCAGCCUGCAGAUCAUCUCACCCAUGUACUUCGUGAGCUUCGUGUUGACGGCUCAGUUUGUGCUGAUUAACGUGGUUGUGGCCGUUCUGAUGAAACACUUGGACGACUCCAAUAAAGAGGCGCAGGAGGACGCAGAGAUGGAUGCCGAGAUCGAGCUGGAGCUGGCGCAGGGCGGCCUGUGCUGUCUGGGGCGACUCGACCGCCUCGCCGGGGCCGAUGUGGCAGAGAGACCCCCGGGAAACUGCGUGAACAGACGUGCGGCGAUGGCGGCGGUCCACGCACAGCCGAACCAGAGCGCAUUAACACUACACCGAACAACACACGACACGCACCAGAGGAAACUCUACUCAUCGGCACAGGAGAGCCUGUGGUUGGAGAGUGUGUCGCUGCUGAUGAAGGAUUCAUUGGAUGGUGAAAUGCACAUGAUUGAUAAUCUAUCAGGAUCAGUGUUUCAUCAUUACUGCUCUCCACCAAUCAGACGAGACGACAGGAGCAAAUCCGGAGAGAUUCAGUUGGCGGAGGUCGAGCAGACGUCUCUGAUGUCAGAACAGCUCUCAGAUAAAUCCUCAUCACCGGUGCUGGCCGAUGACAUCAGCCUGGAUGAGCACAGUGUGUCCCAGCAGCUGGACAGAGGCUAUAAGGAGGAUGAGGGCAGCGGUGACUCUCACAGCACAGAAGAGGACGGUCUUUGCAGAAGAUCUCUCCCUGAGAGUGAGACAUGCAGUGUAGAGAGAGACAGACAAAACGGGCAGCUUGAUUCGGGUCAGCGCAGAGAUGGGAGCAGAGGAGACGGCCACACGUCUUCAUCUCUCUUUCAUCCGCCAGACGAGUUCUUCCACCCGACCACAGCGGCGAAUCCUCAGGUGAGUCCGGCGACCGGUGCGGCUCAGGUGGGAUCCAGACAUGCAUCUCCAGCAUCCUGGGCUUCUCUCAGGUCAUCGGGGGCCAACAGCAGGGUCAUGAGCUCACAGAACACGUCUCACAGUAACUCUGCUUCAGGUAGUUCUGUGAGCAGCCUGCAGACGAUGCUAGAGGAGGGUUUGAGUGUCAGUGUUUGUCCUCCGGGAGACCUGACGUUGCCCUUGACCUGUCCACACUCCAAAAACCCCACGCCCUCUCCAGAACUCACACACAGAUCACACGCACCACAAACUGUGUGCAGCCUCCAGGCUGCCAGGGGGCGCCAGAGAAACCAGCACAGAUAUGACUGCACAAACCCCAACUGGAUCCAACGAGAGUCCACAGAACGCUCUGAUGUGGACACAGGAUUUGGCAUCUCAGCUGGAGGACCUUGUAGUCAUGAACAGUUAAUGGAUCAUCUGAGUAGCAUCUCUUUGACCUCUCUGCUCCCGCCGGGUUCGCCAACUCCCCCGCUGGCCAAAAAGUGCAACAGCACUGGGAGUUUAGUACAGGGGAAACUUGUGGUGUGGAAUAAAGGACUGGACAAGCAUGGCUUUCUUUCCGACCCCUGGACUGAAACUAUGAGUGAGGUAACAGAGACUAAGACACCCCCUGUUGACGUUAAGACAUGCAGCCAGACAAUAAAUGCUAGCUGUCGUAAAAACAGAUGAAAUGUAGCAUUUGUGCAUGACUACAGCCCCACAACAAAAGAAAACAUAUUUUCCCUAGUUGUGAAUGUCCGUUUGCAGUCUGAAUUGAAUGUUGGGGAGAUAAAAAUAUAUGCCGUAAAAUCAUGGGAAGGAAACACGUCUUUGAAAUGAGUUUCUGCAACAUCCAUCGCAUGUAUUCUGAUUCACACACAAAUGACUCUUAUGAACCAAUUCUUUUUGGUGAAUCAAAACAGACAGAGCAACCAGUGUAGUCCAACAAACAAAUGACUCUUAUGAACUGAUUAAUUUUAGUGAAUCAAAACAGACAGAGCAACCAGUGUAGACCGACAAACAAAUGACUCUUAUGAACUGAUUCAUUUUAGUGAAUCAAAACAGACAAAGCAACAAUUGUAGUCCGACAAACAAAUGACUCUUAUGAACCAAUUAUUUUUAGUGAAUCAAAACAGACAGAGCAACCAGUGUAGUCUGACAAACAAAUGACUCUUAUGAACCGAUUCUUUUUAGUGAAUCAAAACAGACAGAGCAACCAGUGUAGUCCGACAAACAAAUGACUCUUAUGAACUGAUUCAUUUUAGUGAAUCAAAACAGACAGAGCAACCAGUGUAGACCGACAAACAAAUGACUCUUAUGAACUGAUUCAUUUUAGUGAAUCAAAACAGACAAAGCAACAAUUGUAGUCCGACAAACAAAUGACUCUUAUGAACCAAUUCUUUUUAGUGAAUCAAAACAGACAGAGCAACCAGUGUAGUCUGACAAACAAAUGACUCUUAUGAACCGAUUCUUUUUAGUGAAUCAAAACAGACAGAGCAACCAUUGUAGUCCGACAAACAAAUGACUCUUAUGAACUGAUUCAUUUUAGUGAAUCAAAACAGACAGA